AUGACAGUCGAAUCCGACAGCCCAAUAUCAGCGCCAGCGCCAGCACCUGCUCCAGCCAUCGAGCAAUCAACAGACAAGCAUGGCACGGCCCAUCUUGAGAAUGUUCCAGCAGAGCCAGGCAAAGUGCACAAUGGCGACAUGGCCCUGGCUCUCUUCGACAACUUCGACGAGCUAGAAGGGGCUAUCGAUCCGGUUGAGAACAAGCGCUUGGUUCGCAAGAUUGAUCUCAUGAUUUUGCCUUUCCUGAGCGUUUGCUAUGCAUUUUACUAUAUCGAUAAAACAACCCUCUCGUACGCGGCUAUCUUUGGCAUUAAUGAGGAUUUAGGGCUUUCUGGCGAGCAGUAUUCGUGGCUGUCGAGUGUUUUUUACUUUGGAUUUUUGGUUUGGGCACUCCCAACGAACUUCCUGAUGCAGCAGUUUCCCGUGGGUAAAUAUCUGGGCUUUAAUAUCUUUCUCUGGGGAUUCUUUCUCAUGUUGCAAGCUGUUGCAAAGAACUUUACUCAGCUUGCCGUUUUGCGUGUUAUAUCCGGCGCUGCGGAAGCAUGCAGCGAUCCCGCAUUCAUGCUCAUCACCAGCAUGUGGUACACUCGACGCCAACAGCCCAUCCGAAUCGGCAUCUGGUACACAGCCAACGGUGCCGGCAUCGCGCUCGGUGGUCUUCUAGGCUACGGCAUCGGCCAGAUCAAAGGUGCCCUGGCAUCGUGGAAAUACGAGUUUCUGAUCAUCGGAGCCCUCUGCUCGGUCUGGGGGAUCGUAAUCAUCUUCUUCCUCCCGGAUUCCCCCGUGUCUACACGAUACUUAACGGACCGAGAAAAGCGCCUUGCUGUCGAACGACUGCGGGAUAACCAGACCGGUGUGGAGAAUAAGACCCUCAAGCUGGCGCAGGUCUGGGAGGCGUUUCUGGAUUGGAAGGUCUGGUUAUUCUUACUGCUCGGUUUCUCGGGGAACAUUCCGAACGGUGGGAUCUCGAAUUUUGGGACGUUGAUUAUUCAGGGGUUUGGCUUUUCCACGUUGGUAACAACCCUCAUGCAAAUCCCCUACGGCACAUUCAUUGCCAUCAUGAUUCUCUUCAGCGUCUGGCUUAACGACCGCCUCCCCCCCAACAACCGCUGCCUCGUAACAAUCCUCUUCCUCCUCCCAAAUGUAGCAGGCUCCUUUGGACUCUGCUACCUCCCCGAAUCAAACCGCGUCGGCCGCCUCAUCUGCUACUACCUAACCGGCUCCUACAACGCCUCCUUCGUGAUCAUCCUGUCAAUCCUAACGGCCAAUAUCGCCGGGCACACGAAGAAGGUCGUCACUAACGCGAUGAUCUUCCUGGGUGUUUGUGCGGGGAACAUUGCCGGUCCCUUCUUCUAUAAGGGGGACCAGGCGCCGCGGUAUCCGUUGGGGAUUUGGUCGAUGAUUGUGGCGAAUUUUGUGGAGAUUGUCCUGGUCGUGAUGUUGAGGAUGGCGCUGGCGUGGGAGAAUCGGAGACGAGAUCGACUGCAGGGGAUUGGGAGGGAUGGGGAGGGCGAGGAGGUGAGGCAGGCGGAGAUGGCGAGGACGGCGUUUAGCGAUUUGACGGAUAAAGAGAAUUUAAAUUUUAGGUAUAUUUAUUAG